AUUCAUCCCCGCAUAUAAAUACCCCAACUUUCCCCAUUUUCACAAAACAAAAAUUGAAACAACGGGAAAAAAUUCGAACGUUAAACAAAACGACACAUCAGAAAAAAAAUGUCCUGCACCGUCGCUCUUUCAAACUCGCCGGUAUUCUCUCCGUCUAGGGUUCCGUUACCGUCAUCUCUCCGUUGUUCUUCACCUGAAACCCUAACGGCUUCUUCUUCUUCUCCGUCUUCUUCUCCGUCAUCGCCGUUAAGGAUUCUUCGUAUUCAGAAACCUCCACCGAGUAAUUUGAUUAGAGCUGGUACUACUACUGCUACUACUACUGGUUGUUCUUCUGCUUCGACGGUGUUGAAGAGGAAGAGGCCUACUAGGUUGGAUCUUCCGGUAGUUUCGAUGAGUUUCGGGAAUUUUCCGGUGACGCCGGCGGGGGGAGUUGAUUUGGUUGAGGUUGAAGGGAAAGGGUAUUCUGUUUGCUGUAAAAGAGGGAGAAAAGGUGCAAUGGAAGAUCGUCACUCUGCUAUGGUUAAUCUUCAAGGAGAUUCCAAACAGGGUGUUUUUGGUAUAUUUGAUGGUCAUGGAGGAAUAAAAGCUGCAGAGUAUGCAGCUGAGAAUUUGAAUAAGAACAUUAUGACUGAAUUAGAGAAGACAACAGAUGACAAAAUUGAGGCAGCUGAGAAUUUGAAUAAGAACAUUAUGACUGAAUUAGGGAAGACAGCAGAUGACAAAAUUGAGGCAGCAGUGAAAAACGGUUACCUUAAAACAGAUUCUGAAUUUCUCAACCAAGAAGUUCGGGGUGGUACAUGCUGUGUGACAGCAUUGAUCCAAAAAGGCAAUCUAGUUGUAUCUAAUGCUGGUGAUUGUCGCGCUGUUGUGAGCAGAGGAGGGCUAGCUGAGGCAUUGACCUCUGAUCAUAGGCCUUCAAGGGAAGAUGAGAAGGAUAGAGUUGAGGCAUCGGGUGGCUAUGUAGAUUGUUGUCAUGGUGUUUGGAGAAUUCAGGGAUCUCUCGCUGUAUCAAGAGGUAUUGGGGAUCAGUACCUUAAACAAUGGGUAACAGCAGAACCCGAGACAAGGAUUCUUGGACUUAAUCCUGAAUUGGAAUUCUUAGUCCUAGCAUCUGAUGGUUUAUGGGAUACAGUUAGCAACCAGGAAGCAGUAGAUAUUGCUCGGCCUUUGUGCACUGGCAACAGUAUGCAGCAGCCCUUGUCAGCAUGUAGAAAGCUCAUUGACCUCUCUGUUUUGCGAGGUUCACUUGAUGAUAUUAGUGUGAUGAUAAUUCAACUGGGACAAUUCUGUUAACAGUCCCCAAUUUAGGUUAGGAAUUCUUUCUCAUUAACUCGCACAGGUUGCUAGCUAGAGAUUAUAACUAGAAUAACAGUGAGAUCAGUUUACUAGUAUGAGGUGUUUUAACUUAUGUAAAUCAAAUUGUUCUCAGAUUCCUUAUUCGCGUUUAUAAUUCACUUGUUACGAUUCUUCAGAUCAAGUGAAAUAUGGGCAAAGCCCCUUUUAUCCA